AUGGAGGUCGGGAUAUCUCCCGGAACCUCCGAAGCCGAACGCGACGAAAGCGACUUAUCCAGAAACUUGUUAAUAACUCAUGUUAAAUUUGUAAAAGCGGCGCAUGCGUUCUGUUAUCUCACGGCGACGCUGAAGGGGAGCUUCGAAAUCGAGUACGGAGCAGAGUUGAACGUACUCGGCCUCAAAGACAAUCCAGUAGAGGACUACCAAGUUGGACUGCCUUUUAGCUUGACGAUAAGAGUAGAUCGCGAAAAAAGCAAGAUCUUUGGAAUCGUCGAGUGCGCUGAAAAUGACAAAGAACGGCUGCGAAAAGGAAGACCUGUCCAGUUCGUGAUUGUGACCCAAGAUGUUUUCGAUAUUAGGCGUCUACCAGGCGUAACCAUCGGCGAAAACCUGCAGGACCGAUUGGGCAGAAGCGCAGUUACGGUCGAAGAGCCACAUUCGCUGCACGAGCGCGCUCGUAAUUACCAACAAGAAAUCGUUCUGAGCGUCGAAGGCGGCGUCACGAAAAACUUUGAAUCGCGAAAAAGAUCACGGCGGGAACACAUCCUUGAGCUUUAUUCGGAAGAGCAGAAGAAGACGAUCCAAGUAGAGUACGAAUCCGACGACGACAUUGGCUGCCUGCUCAACAAGAUCAACUACAAAAGGCGGAAGACACGGGGAUUGAAGAAGAUCUACAACUUGACGCAAAUUACGCUCCGAAUCGGCGACGAAAAGUUACAGGCGGACCAGCUUGUCAAGGACGUACUCGAAGACCACGGCCACGCGAAGAUUACUCAAUCCAUCGAUCGGCCCCGCGUUCCUUCCCCGUCGACGCUCCUAUGCCCUCUGAACAGCCCAGCCCAGCAUCGCCUGUGCGAGAAGCAGCUCCGUCUCGGAUCCCCGAAGACCAAAGAAGCUCUCCCAGCACGUCUAUCGCCGAGCCAAGCGCUCGUGCAGAAAAUCAAUAUAGCCGAGGACGCAACCAUCCAGCAGCUCAAAGAAGUCGUCAUUGAAAAGCUCAACGAAGGCGAGUUCGAUGUGGCCACCUUUGGAAUGCCUAACAGCGACAAUCUCCGGCUUAUUCGACAAGGUAUCGAGCUCCAGCCCAAUCAAGCGGCGAUUUCGCAGUUUUCCAUUGUCAACAACGACGUUCUGAACUCGCAGUGGCCGCGGCCCCCGCCGACAGUGCAGGAGGGACGCGUUAUCAACAACCAGCGAAACGAAGAGGAAGGCUACGCGCCCGAAAUGGGCCGCGGCGAGGAAGCCACCAAAAUACGAAACAUGUCGAUCUUCCAGCGCAACUUCAUCGAGUGCGUUAAGGCGUCCAAGCGCGGCAUCAAUCCGAACGACAGGCCACGAUACAACGAUCCGUCCCGCGAGCCGCCACCCAACCCGGUCGUUCGCGACUUGGGCAAUCCCUUGGACGAGCUUGGGAACGCACUUCUUCAGUGGAGCAGCCAGCUGCACAGGACCGCGGACGUGCUGUACGCCGAUCCGAGAUAUGGAAACGACGUGGACAGGCUCGACAAAGACAGGAGGCUGAUCGAUAACAACAUGCAGGCAGCGCGAUAUCUUUCGCCCAUUAUAAAGCAUUUAACAAAUGUGAUCAUUCCGAUCGACCGCGGAGAAAAUCCGCGAAGGUUCAAAGUCCAGCGCCAAACAGAUCAGCAGUGA